AUGAGAGCGCUUGAGGUUGUGGCCAUGCUAGCCAUGGCGGCCAUGGUCAUCGGCAACGUGCGCGCUUCGCAGUGCGGCUCCCAGGCUGGCGGGGCGACCUGCCCCAACUGCCUCUGCUGCAGCCGCUACGGCUGGUGCGGCUCCACUCCGGAAUACUGCGGUGAGGGCUGCCAAAGUCAGUGCUCUAGCUGCGGCGGCGGUGUCACGCCUGUCACACCCAACCCCGUUGGUGGUGGCGUGUCCUCCGUUAUCUCCCGCUCCCUAUUCAACCAAAUGCUACUCCACCGAAAUGACCCGGGAUGCCAUGCUAGGGGCUUCUAUACCUAUGAUGCCUUCGUCGCAGCCGCCGCCGCCUUUCCUGGCUUCGGCACCACAGGCGGCACCGCCACCCGGAAGCGCGAGGUGGCCGCCUUCCUAGCGCAAACCUCUCAUGAGACCACUGGCGAGUGGCCCACAGCCCCGAACGGGCCCACCUCCAACUAUUGCACCCCAAGCACGCAGUGGCCAUGUGCACUCGGAAAGAGCUACUAUGGCCGCGGGCCCAUCCAGCUAUCUCACAACUACAACUACGGGCAAGCAGGCCGGGCCAUCGGGGCCGACCUAUUGGGCAACCCAAACUUGGUGGCCACAAACCCGACUGUGUCGUUCAAAACUGCCAUCUGGUUUUGGAUGACGGCGCAACCACCCAAGCCCUCGAGCCAUCCAGUGAUCACCGGACAAUGGAAACCAUCGGCAGCAGACAGGGCCGCGGAGCGGGUACCCGGAUUUGGCGUGAUCACCAACAUUGUGAAUGGCGAGAUUGAGUGCGGGCACGGGCAUGAUAAUCGUGUUGCCGAUCGAAUUGGGUUCUAUAAACGCUACUGCAACAUCUUUGGUAUCGGCUACGGAGGCAACCUCGACUGCUACAAGCAGAGCCCCUUCGCUUAA